CUUCAGGUGCAUCUGGUGUUGAUACAGACAGAGUGUUUGUGAUGGAGGGAGAAUCAGUCACUCUACACACUGGUGUUGAAACAAACCAACAAGACAGAAUCAAAUGGUAUUUCAAUGACACUCGCAUCGCUCAAAUCACUAAAGAUCUCAGCAAGAUCUGUACAGAUGUUCAGUGUAAUGAAGGUACUGAGAGAUUCAGAGACAGACUGAAGCUGGACAAUCAGACUGGAUCUCUGACCAUCAUGAACAUCACAACCACAGACUCUGGAGUUUAUAAACUACUGAUAAGCAGCAGCAACAUUAAAACAUUCAGUGUCACUGUCACUGGUGAGUAUCAUUUUAGUCUUUCACUCGGUGAACCGGUGUCAGUGAUGGAGGGAGAAUCAGUCACUCUACCCACUGGUGUUGAAACAAACCAACAAGAGAGAAUCAGAUGGUAUUUCAAUGACACUCGCAUUGCUCAAAUCACUGGAGAUCCCAAUAAGACCUGUACAGAUGUUCAGUGUAAUAAAGGUACUGAGAGAUUCAGAGACCGACUGAAGCUGGAUAAUCAGACUGGAUCUCUGACCAUCAUGAACAUCACAACCACAGACACUGGAGAUUAUAAACUACUGAUAAACAGCAGCAGAUUUGGCAUUGUAAAGACAUUCAGUGUUACUGUCACUGGACAAAUGAUGCCGCACAAUGAUCCUGACCUGGAGAAUGGUGGAGAACCAUCGCCCCUUAUUCCGACUGAGACUCUACAGAUGUUUGUUGCUGAUAGGACAUCCCUUGAUCAGACUGAUACCAUGAAGACGGGUGCUGCUGGAGGGGCAUCCACUGAUCAGAAUAAAAACACACUGACAGGUUCUGCUGGAGGGGCAUCUACUGAUCAGAUUGAUACCCUGAAGACGAGUGCUGCUGGAGGGGCAUCCACUGAUCAGAUUGAUACCCUGAAGACGAGUGCUGCUGGAGGGGCAUCCACUGAUCAGAUUGAUACCCUGAAGACGAGUGCUGCUGGAGGGGCAUCCACUGAUCAGAUUGAUACCCUGAAGACGAGUGCUGCUGGAGGGGCAUCCACUGAUCAGAAUGAGACCAUACAGACAAAUGCUGCUGGAGGAGCAUCUGCUGAUCAGACUGAGACCCCGCGGAUCGGUGUUGCUGAAGGGGCACAUGUUAAUCAGACAGGGUGUUACCUGCAGUAA